AGAUUAACGAGAGAGGGAUCCGUUCUAGACACGACCCCAGGCGGCUGGCGCAGGAAAAGGGAAGUCCCAGGAAUGCCGAAGAAAUUCCAAGGUGAGAAUACCAAAUCGGCCACCGCAAAGGCCCGUAAGGCCGAUGCCAAAGCCACCGCUGAUGCACACAAACAGAAGGAGCUCGAGGAUGCGCGCUGGGAAGAUAACGACAAACAUGUCAUUAAGAAAGAGCAGAGGAGGGAUGAUAAGGAGAGGAAGCGUUUGGAGGCUCUUGAGAAAAAGAGAGAAAAGCAAAUGCUCUUAGAUGAAGAAGAUUCCAUGAUAAAGGUUAAAAAGACAAAAGAACCCCCCAGUAAAGUGACUCGUGCCCAGAUUGAGGAGAACCAACACAGCGGGCAAAAUGUUAAAGAAACCAAGGAAAAAGAGAAAAGCCACUUGGAGAUGCCACUUGAGGAGAAUGUCAAUCGGAUAGUUCCAGAAGAAGGCACUGUGGAGGCCCGGACCAUUGAGGAUGCCAUUGCAGUUCUCAGCACUAAGGAAGACCUGGACCGGCACCCUGAACGACGUAUGAAAGCUGCCUAUACCACAUUCGAGGAAGCAAACAUGCCACGUCUUAAAAUGGAGAACCCCAAUAUGCGGCUCUCUCAGCUAAAACAGCAGCUCAAGAAAGAGUGGACAAAGUCUCCUGAAAACCCCCUCAACCAACGUGUGGCCACCUACAACUCCAAGUAAACCAGCCUCACAGCACUUAAAGACUGGCCCUCGAUGCAGAUCCUAACGAAUACAAAGAAGCACUCAACAGACAAAAAAACAAAAAGACAUCUGAAAAGAGUAGAAUGCACAACUUUUGUUAGAUUCAUAGGAAUCAAAUUUUAUAAAAGAACUGUUCAUCCAACCACAUAAGCUCAUCAACAAACUUUAUUGAACCAAGUAUGCAGUAAAUAUUUGACAAUAGUAUACAGCCUAAUUUGCUCAUCUGCACGAUCAUGGCCCAUUUUCAGCUGUGAAGAAAGUUACUAGUUUGGUUUGAAUUGAACAAAAGAGUGUAUUCUUAGCUAGUCCAUAUUUACUUCAUCAUGUUAUACUGCUGUGUUGAACUCAUUUAUAAAUGACAUAAUAAGCAAAACAUGAGUUGGUGUGUGGUAACCUGAGGCAAGUUUUUAUUUUUUCAUUUAGUGUAUCUUUGGUGAUAAUUAGGGCUUGUUUUGAUAUUUAUGGAGAAGAGAAAAGUUAUCUGAAAUCCUAAAUUAAGAUAAUGGUUGUUUUUGCAUUUUAUGACUCUUUAUUUUGAAACUGCACUUUGAAUUUGUGUGGACUAUGUUUCCUCAAAGGAGAAACAUUUGAUUUCCAUUUUCAUGUGUAGCAUUGACUGGAUGCUGCAGUUAGAUACCAUUGCCAAGCAGUACUAACACAUUUUGUGAUUUCUUUGCAUCUGUGGAGGAAAACACAAACAUACUUUUAGUGGCUUUUGGAAAAAAUAAAAAGAAAGGAUGAACUUUUUUUAUAUUUUCUGAUUUCCGUUACAUUGUGCAAUUUGGCAGACACUUUCCUGCAUUUCCUGGGAAUUGAUCCCACAACCUUGGCGUACCAUUUGAGCUACAAGAACACUCAGUCCUCAUACUUUAAAAACAAGUGUAGCUGUCCUGGUAUGCUUGCUUAACAAAGCUUUUUAUCUUUAUUUUUUGUAAAGAAAAUAUAUCACUUUCUGAUUAUCUUACCCUCUCUAUGUCUGUGUCCUUUGCGAGAAAGAAGUCGUUGUCUGUUUUGACUAAUUAUAGUACUUCUACUUUCGUCCCAUAUAAUUUUGUCUGACGUAUUUUCCCUCAUACAACCAACCACCUUACGAAAUAUUUCAAACAUUCUGAAGAUAGAUUUGCUUUUAAUAACAUCUCUGCAAGUAUGCAAGCAACAGACAAACGAUCACCAAUCCCUACGGGACGUUCUGGAAGAAAAUUAAAUUAGCCUGUAGGCUCGAUAGUUCCCAGUGGCCACCUUUAUCCUUGGCAGAAACGCUCUUUAACACUUGAGGUAAUUUAUGGCCAUAAUGUGACAUCAAGCACCAUCAGACUGUGAGAAAUGCAGGUCAUCUGGAGAUUAUGCUAUGAGAUAGCCGCUCGUUUACUUACCUCCUAUUAGAACAUCUCUCCCACACAGAAUGUUUUAAUUAACCUGUCAUUUUUUUUAUAGCUCUGACAAUACUGUCUGUAAAGAAAUAAUAAGGGUAAGGUAUGAAGGGUUUGAGCCAUCAAAUACAAUUGUCAAAUAAUGACUUUCCAAAGGGAUGUUGGUAACACUUUACAAUAAGUAUAAUGUAAUAGUUAAUGUAACUUAACUAUAAACAAUACUUUUAAAGCAUUUAUUAAUCUUGGUUAAAGGGAUUGAUCAAAAUCAGAUAAAAUUAUGUCAUUCUCAUGUUGUUUUAAAGCUGUAUGACUUUCUACUGUAAAACAGAAGGAGAUGGAAUAUGUUGGUCUUGAUCACCAUUUACUUUCAUUGCAUCCUUUUUUUCUACAUAAAACGAAAGUCAAUGAUG